AUGAUAUUGAACACUGAAAUGGUUGUAGUUAUUUUGAUCAUUUGGGUGAUUUCUCUUUUGGUUGUAUAUAUGCUGUUUCUAAUGUGCUUGGAUCCUCUGCUUAACAAACGCAGUACCACUUAUGAAGAGCAUACAAAUGAAGAAGUUAAUCUGGAUGAGCCAAUAGCAGCUAUGCAGCGACCACGUACUUCAAGUACAAAUGUUUUGAACAGAGUCGGCCAGCAGCAAGAUAGAUGGAAGCGGCAAGUGCAAGAACAGCGCCGAAAUAUCUAUGACAGACAUACAAUGCUGAAUUAAUCUUCUUUUCUGUUACGUGUAACUUUAAUUUUUCUAAAAAUUUUUACCCAUUUCAUAUGGGGAAACAGUAUCAAAUAUAUGGAAAAAAAUUCAAAGUAUGAGAAAUUAUGAACAGUUAAGAUAUUUGGUUACCAAGUUAAAAUAAUCCAUAUUGAUAAUGGCUAGGUUCACAUUUAUUUAUUCUCUAUAAACUAUGUAUAUAUUUGAAUGCUAUUUCCUUAUGUAUAGAAUAUCAAAUACUUUGUUAAACUGUUUGAUUUGUAACUUGUAAAGAUUUGCUCAUCUCUUGUAUAAAAAGAAAUAAAGAAAAUAAUGAACUAAAUAUGUAUUGAACUUAAAAAUAUGUUUAU